AAUCACCAUAUCUGUGAGCAACAACAUGUUAGAUUCAGAUAAUAAGUGAAAGAGGCCACAUUCACACAUACACAAGGAAGCUAACUCAAUAAUUUUGUCGAAGCAAGAUAGACAAAACUGUGGAUAAGUGUUAUGCGUUACGGUGUUUGCUGCUGUUCCAACUAUGGACCUCAUCGACUCGACGGACCACACAACUCCGCUGCUUACGGACAUGGUUGACGGCGCCGUUGAUUAUAAAUGUCAACCACUCCUGAGAUCCUCCUCCGCCACUUGGAGCUCCGCAUCUUUCAUCAUAGGGAUGGAGGUUGCUGAGAGAUUUGCUUUUUAUGGAAUCGGCGCCAACCUCAUAACCUACUUGACAGGCCCGCUUCGCAUUUCCGUCGUUGCUGCGGCCGAGAUUGUCAAUUUCUGGUCUGGCACCUCCAUGCUCCUCACUCUCUUUGGAGCAUUUCUUGCUGAUUCCUUCUUCGGUCGAUACCGUACUAUUGUUUUUGCAUCUAUUUCGUACCUUUUGGGACUGGGGUUGUUGGUCCUGUCUACGCUGCUUCCUACUGCAAACUCCUCCAUCUGCGCAAUCCCUAACAAAUUCACGACCUGUUCCGCUCCCAAGCUUCAUCUCAUUUUAUUCUUCGUCUCUCUGAGUCUAAUUGGGAUAGCACAGGGUGGCCACAGGCCCUGCGUGCAGGCUUUUGGAGCCGAUCAGUUUGAUCCCCAAAAUCCCCAAGAGGCCAAAUUCAAGAGCUCCUUCUUCAACUGGUGGUAUUUUGGUGCUUGCUUUGGAAUCGUGGUGGCCAUUCCGACUAUAUCAUAUGCGCAGGAGAAUCUUAGUUGGACUGUGGGAUUCGGAAUUCCUUGUGUUUCAAUGCUCACUGGUUUCGUUCUUUUUCUACUUGGGACCAACACUUACCGAUUUAAUAGCCUGAAGCAGUCGGAUAAGAGCCCAUUUUUGAGAAUUGGUCGAGUGUUUGUGGCUUCUAUUAGGAAUUGGAGAGCUUCUGCCUCAACAAUCACCUUUCAAAACGAGCAAACUGCCAAAGAUUUGUCUAAUUCUCAACAAUUCAAGUUUCUCAACAAAGCUUGCAUUAUUGUUCCCAUUGAUUCAAACCAAAAUGCAAUGGCUUCUAGCAUCAGUGAGCUUGAAGAAGCAAAGGCAAUUCUCAGAAUUCUUAUAAUAUGGGUUACAGUUGUUGUGUUUACCAUUGCGUUCUCACAAGAUGCCACCUUCUUCACCAAACAAGCAGCUACAUUGGACAGAUCAAUUAUGUCGAGUUUCAUCAUUCCUGCCGCUUCACUCGAAGCACUUAUUUCUUUCACAAUCGUUAUCUUUAUCGUGGUCUAUGAUCUUUUGUUUGUUCCCAUUGCCAAAACAGUUACAGGAAAUCCAUCUGGCAUAACAACAUUGCAAAGAAUAGGAACUGGGAUGGUCAUAUCUACUAUCUCUAUGGCGGUGGCUUCUCUGGUCGAGAAAAAACGUUUGGGAACCGCACUCGAGCAUGGUCUGAUUGAUAGACCUGACAUGACAAUUCCAAUGAGGUUCUGGUGGUUGGUUCCUCAAUAUGUGUUGAACGGUUUGGCUGAUGUUUUUACAGUAGUUGGGCUUCAAGAGCUGUGCUAUGAUCAAGUUCCAAAGGAUUUGAAAAGUGUUGGACCUGCCAUUUUUAUCAGUAUACUUGGUAUGGGAAACAUCUUAAGCAGCCUUUUGAUAUCAGUCAUUGAUACAGCAACUAAAGCCAAUGGGCAUCGCAGCUGGUUUUCCAACAAUCUUAACAAUGCACAUCUUGAUUACUUUUACCUCCUAUUGGCUGCCCUUAGUGUUCUUGGCUUCAUUGCCUUCCUUUUUGUUGCCAAAUCCCACGUUUAUAACAACAGCUGACUCAACUUACAAUCAUAUAUAUUAUUAUUAUUAUUAUUA